UUUCUCCAUUAGGCAAUUGGAUUUCCGUUACAAGAUACACGACGCCGUCCGAGCCUCCGUUAUUUAUUCCGCUUUCCUUUAACUCGCAUUCAUCGAAAGAAAAAUCAAAUCAAUCGUCACACCCCCAAAAAAAACAAAUCGAACAAACCCUAGUUCGUUCAUUUCCUCAUCGAUUCAGUUUCAGCCUCGCAUCGCCUAUCCCUCUCUCUUCUCUCUCUCUCCUCUCUCUAUCUAGAAAUUCUUCUCCAAUCGCCGAGCAGGAUUUCCCGCUCGAUCCGUCGCCGCCCGUCAACAGGAACCUGUUCCAUUUUCAGGACUCGGGAGGACUUCUCAUCUUGUCAUUUAACAGGAUUAUUAUCUGCUUUCGAGGACAUGUCUCCAGCAUCCAGAUCAAAGUCCAAGGACAAAAAGGCUGGCAAAGAACCACAGCAGAAGUCUGCUUCCAAGCCUUCAGUACACACUACCUCCGGCAGUGGGGUCCCCGUCAGCGGAUACAAUCCUCUUUUGGGGAAAUUCCACACACUUGACCCAGCACCAAUUUCUUCUCCUCCAUCUCUCCACAUAAAUGGCCGAUUCCGCAAUAUAGAUGACACAGAAGAUCAUUCUGGGAACAACUCUCUUGGAACUGGCACAGAGUAUGACACAAUUUCAAACAACGGCAGUUGGUCCGGUGAGUCAGAAGAACCUAAAGAGAAAACAUCUCAUAACCCUCCGCGUCAGGAGGCAAUAAUACCAGGAGCCGAUAAUGAUAAACGCGAAAAAAUCCGCCAGAAGAACGAGAAGAAGCAUCAGCGUCAGAAAGAAAAGCGGGCUCAAGAGUUGCACGAAAGGUGUAGUGGCUUCCUCAUGUCAAGAAAAUUGGAAGCUCUUGCCCAGCAGUUGGUUUCAAUGGGAUUUUCUUCAGAAAGGGCGACAAUGGCACUUAUUUUGAAUGAAGGCAAGAUAGAGGAGUCGGUCUCAUGGCUUUUUGAAGUGGGUGAAGGAGAUAAUCACCAGAAAAACAAUCUUGACGAGGGUAAUUUGAAAAUCGACAUAUCGGAGGAGCUAGCGCGAAUUGCAGACAUGGAGAUUAGGUACAAGUGCUCGAAGCAGGAGGUUGAAAGAGCUGUUGUCGCUUGUGAAGGUGACCUUGACAAGGUGGCAGAAAGCUUGAGAAUGCCAAAGCAAGAGAUACCCUCUUCCGGCCCCCUGAAGCCUGAAGAACAUUUAGAUCCACCGACUGUCAACAAUGGUGCGAUAUCCAUACCUGGGAAUCAAAAUUUAUUCAGGGCUCAACAGAAACCCUACCCAUCUCCGUCUCCUAGCAUACAACAAAGAAGAGAUGAAAAAGAUAUCAAUUACGCUAAACCAAUAGUGGGGGUUGGAGUACCUGUGGAAUUGGGGGGUAAAAAUAUUCAGGCUUUGAGGAAAGAAUAUAAAGUUCAACCCAAAUUGGAUGGGGCGAAACCAAUGCAGAUCCCAGUGAUUGCUGCAGAUAAAAGGUGGCCAAGUGGGGUACCAAAUCCUUCUCUCCCCUAUUCUUCAGCGUCACCUUUGCAGGUUUCGCCUGCACUUGCCAAGACAGAAACCCGAUACGUGGCACUUGGGAGUGAACUGAAGAAUCUUCAACUGGGAUCAGUGAAGGAACCAGUUGUAGUGAUGCAGAGACCCCAAUCUGCCAAUUUAAAGCAGAUAACACCAACCACCACAAGCAUAAGCUCGUCAUCUCCGCCCGGGACUACCUCCAGUUGGUAUCCGAACGCUGUUGAGGUAUCAAUCCCUAAUGGAUUAACGGCGCACAUUUCUAGUAACAAUUUGGGUUCGAAUCAGUUGUACAACCAACUUCACUAUCACCAACCACCUAACCAAUAUCUGUCCAAUGGUGGUACAGUGGAAACCCUAGGAGCAAGCCGGGGAAAUGGUUUGUGGAACAGAAUGGGUACUUCUCCGACACUCGCGGCUGCUUCUUCUCUUGGGCUUUUUUCUGGGUUGGGCUCAAAUGGGUCAUCUGGGUCUGGGUCAUCGUUUCCUGUGGACUGGAAUACAGGUGGUUCAACGCGGCAGUUCGAUUAUACCAACAUAGACUGGAGUUUGGAUAGGAAUUCAUCUAUGUCUAGGUCAACUGGAUCAUGGCAGCAGGGCACGACGACGACGACGACUCCUAUGCAGAACAACAUUCGCACCUACGACCCACAUAGUUCCAUGCCUUCCAUGCCGAAUGGUAGGACUUCUACGAGACCUGCUUUGAUUAAUGGCGGCGGCAGCAGCGGUGGUGGUGGUGGUAUGAUUGCAGGAAUGCAAGAUGGGGUGACUUCCGGGGAGAUGUCAGGUGCUGGUGGUGGCUCUAGGGAGUGGUCUUCUCCUUUUGAGGAGAGGGACAUCUUUAGUUUACCCAGGCAGUUUGUUUCUUCUCCUUCCCUGUAGGCGAGUGGAGAGGACUUGAAAAAGAAUAAAAAGGGCGAAAAAGAAAGAAGAAAAAAAAUCAGUAAAAGACGAGAUUGUGCUUGGGAUUUGAUGUUGGUGUUGGGUUCUUGUGAUGCUGCUGUGUUUGUGAUUGCCCUUUGUCAAUCUUAUUGAAAAUGGCAUCUGAGAAUCCUUUGGUUC